CCAAGGAGAAGUCAGAGACAGAUAAGAAGAUAAAAAUCCACAAGAAUUAAGCAAUGGUCACGCUAUGUUGAGUUAGUGCUUCCAAUCACAGUCUCAACUCAAUCAUAUACCCAAAUACACAUUUCAAGAGUUUUCAAUUACAAGAAUGAUUAAAUCUUCAGAAGGAACGCGAGAUGUAUCUAGUGGUGGAUGUAAAUCUGUUACUCUCACCCAUCUCCUCCUCGCUUCUCUUGGUGGUCUUGCCGCAGCCGCCGCUGCUUUUGCCGGAGAAUCAUUCCUUCGCCGCAGGAAAGCUCAUCAAAGUGAUUUCAUGGGGAACAAAGAUCAGAAAAUAGCCCCUUUGAUUGAAAGGAAAGAUUCAGGUCGACGAUCAAACCUCGAGAAAUUUUCCCACUAUGUUGCUAGACAGCUAGGAUUCGAGGAUCCAAAUGAAUGCCCACAACUAUGCAAAUUGGCAUAUGCAUAUCUGAUGAAAACAAAGGGAUAUGAUGAGAAUGUGUAUGAGUAUUUGGUGAAUGAAGCUGAUGCUGAUUCUCUCUAUGUUCAUAUCCUUGAGGAAUUUGAAAGAUGCAUUCUCACGUAUUUUGCUUUCAACUGGAAUCAAUCUUCCAACCUCAUCUCUCAGGUUCUAAGCGAUGAGUCAGAUCAGAAAGUACUAAAGCUCAAGGAUUUUGUGAUGGCAGCGACAAGGAAACAGAGGUUCGAGAGGGUGACAAAAGAUCUAAAGGUGACAAGGGUGUUUUCAACAUUAGUAGAAGAGAUGAAAGCCAUCAAAGUUAGCAGCAGCGGCGAGGCGCACUGUACAGAAGUAAUGUCUCCGGUGGCUCACAACAAACGAAGUCCCGUGCUCCUCCUCAUGGGUGGCGGAAUGGGCGCCGGAAAGAGCACCGUCCUCAAAGAUAUCCUCCAAGAGCCGUUUUGGUCGGAGGCAGGGGAAGACGCAGUGGUGAUAGAAGCUGAUGCGUUUAAGGAGACAGAUGUUAUUUAUAGAGCUCUUAGUUCUAGAGGUCACCAUGACGAUAUGCUUCAAACUGCUGAAUUGGUUCACCAAUCAUCUACCGAUGCUGCAUCGUCCUUACUAGUAACAGCAUUAAACGACGGACGUGAUGUGAUAAUGGAUGGAACCUUAUCAUGGGAGCCGUUCGUGGAACAAAUGAUCACAAUGGCAAAGGACGUCCACAAACAGAGAUAUAGAAUGGGCGUAGGCUACAAAGUGGCCGCGGACGGUACAACAACAGAGGAGUACUGGAGAAAAGAAGAAACUGAACAAAAUGGGAAACAACAAAACUUGAAACCUUAUAGAAUCGAACUGGUCGGUGUGGUUUGUGAUGCUUAUCUCGCCGUAGCACGAGGCAUACGGAGAGCUCUAAUGGUGAAGAGAGCUGUAAGAGUAAAAUCUCAGCUCAAAUCACACAAGAGUUUUGCUAAUGCAUUUCCAAAGUAUUGUGAGCUUGUUGAUAACGCUAGGCUUUACUGCACAAAUGCCGUUGGUGGUCCUCCAAAGCUUAUAGCGUGGAAAGCCGGAAAUAGUAACCUUCUGGUGGAUCCGGAGGAUAUUGAGUGUCUAAAACGAGUCAGCAGUCUUAACCCGGAUGCUGAAUCCAUUUACGAUCUUUAUUCGGAUUCGAGCCUGUUGAGCAAGCCUGGUUCAGUUUGGAAUGAUGUUGUUUUAGUCCCAUCGAGGCCCAAGGUCCAGAAGGAACUUACCGAUACCAUCAAGAAAAUUGAAAAAACCCAAGCGAAAAGUUAAUGAUAUUGUCAACAAGGCCCCUAAAAAUAUUGUCUUUUGCUAUAUGUGAUUUGUUUUCACCAUGUCUUUUGAUGUUUUUUUGUAUUAGUCUGAAUAAGUUUUUCUAAAACGAUUAAAAUGAGUUUUCACCUUCUCUACUA